CGGGGGCGGGGCCGGGGACCUCUAGGUAGGUGACAAGUCCCCGCCGCCGCCGAGUUGCGAGUCACCACCCCCCCACCCCGGCUGCCUCCGGUGCAUCGGCCCAUCUAUCGGUCCUUCCGUGGUGGGCGGCUGCAGUUGCUCCAGCUGCGGCGGCGACGGGCAUGGCGACCCCGGCCUGCAGGUCUCUCUCCUGGGCUGUGGCGGCGGCUACGGCGGGCUCGGCGGCGGCGGCGGCAGCGGGCAUGGCGCUGCUAGGGAUGCUGGAGGGCGCCGCCGGGGCAUUCCCGUUCGGCGGGCGGCUGUCGGCCGUGCUGGCCGCCUGCGUGUGCACGCUCGGCCUGGCCUACCUGCUGCGCCGCGGGCUGGGCCGCCUGCAGCGCCCGGAGCCCGCGGCCGGAGAAGGGAAAUGUCCACCUUACAUUUUCUCUCCUAUUCCAUUCCUUGGACAUGCAAUAGCAUUUGGAAAAAGUCCUAUUGAGUUUCUCGAAAAUGCAUAUGAGAAGUAUGGACCUGUAUUUAGUUUUACAAUGGUGGGCAAGAAGUUUACGUACCUCCUGGGCAGCGAGGCUGCUGCCCUGCUCUUCAACAGCAAGAAUGAAGACCUGAAUGCAGAAGACGUGUACAGUCGUCUCACCACACCAGUCUUUGGGAAAGGUGUUGCUUAUGAUGUGCCAAAUCCAGUAUUCUUGGAACAAAAGAAAAUGUUAAAAACUGGCCUUAAUAUUGCCCAUUUUAAACAACAUGUUUCAAUAAUCGAAAAAGAAACAAAGGAAUAUUUUGAAAACUGGGGAGAAAGUGGAGAAAAAAAUUUGUUUGAAGCCCUUUCUGAGCUUAUUAUACUCACGGCUAGCCACUGUUUACAUGGAAAAGAAAUCAGAAGCCAGCUGAACGAAAAAGUGGCCCAGCUGUACGCAGACCUGGAUGGAGGCUUUAGCCAUGCUGCCUGGCUCUUACCGGGGUGGCUGCCUUUGCCCAGUUUCAGGCGCCGGGACCAAGCACAUCAAGCAAUCAAAAACAUUUUCUAUAAGGCGAUCCAAAAACGGAGGCAGUCAAAAGAAAAAAGUGAUGAUAUUCUCCAAACUUUAUUAGAGUCUACUUAUAAGGAUGGGCGGCCUCUGACAGAUGAUGAAAUUGCAGGGAUGCUGAUUGGCCUUCUGUUAGCAGGGCAGCACACGUCCUCAACCACAAGUGCUUGGAUGGGCUUCUUUUUGGCCAGAGACAAAGCACUACAGGAAAAGUGUUUCUUAGAACAGCAGAGUGUCUGUGGAGAAGAUUUGCCUCCUUUAAAUUAUGAUCAGCUCAAAGAUCUCCAAGUGCUGGAUCGCUGUUUGAAAGAAACUUUAAGACUUCGACCUCCUAUAAUGACCAUGAUGAGAAUGGCCAAAACCCCCCAGAUUGUAGCAGGCUAUACAAUUCCUCCAGGUCAUCAGGUGUGUGUCUCUCCUACUGUUAAUCAUAGACUUAAAGACUUUUGGAUAGAACGCUUGGACUUCAAUCCUGAUCGAUACUUACAGGAUAACCCUGCAUCGGGUGAGAAGUUUGCAUAUGUGCCAUUUGGAGCUGGUCGGCAUCGUUGCAUUGGCGAAAACUUUGCAUACAUUCAAAUUAAGACAAUUUGGUCCACUCUGCUUCGUUUAUAUGAAUUUGAUCUGGUGAAUGGAUAUUUUCCUGCAGUGAAUUAUACAACCAUGAUCCACACCCCACACAACCCAAUAAUCAGAUACAAACGAAGAACAACAUGAAAAAAUGAAACGGGAAAAACAUGCUUGUGGUAUUGUGAGCUACACAGCAUUUGCACCAAAUGAAGUUUACAAAAUAACUAAAAUGUACUGGGUUUUUUGGGUGUGCAGUUUUAGAACUAAUUUAUGAAUCCUUAUGCUAAAAUUGUUUACAUGAUUAUAAUGCUCAUCUCAUAGUUUACUUGUCAUGUGUACAUUACUGGAGUCAAGCUCUUUGAAGCAUUCUAAAAUUAGGCUGAGAAAGAUUUGUCCCUCUCAAUAGAAUUAUUUUUAGGGGCAGUUUUUUAAUAUAAAUUUUGAAAAAUGGAUAUAUAUUUCGACUGGAAAGGAGGGAGUCUGCCUUGGAUAUCAUAUAAUGAAUAUGAAAUCCGUUCACAUUUCAGGGAUAGGUUUAGAUUUAGUCACUUUAAUGACUAAUUGAUAAAUUUUAAUGCAGCAUUUAAUUUUUACAAAUUUGAGUAGCUGUAUAAAUGUCUUCCUGCUGUAGUCAAGACUCAAGUUACAUGUGGGAAUAGGGUUCCUUCAAAAUAACCACUUUCCUACAAAUUGUGUCACUAGAAAAUUAGACAAUUCCAACCAAGGUUUGAGAAAUUUUUUGUUGUCUUUUUUUUUAAAGGGCUAUCUGAACAUAUAAAUACUAUAAGGAAACUAAAAUCUUUUUACUCUCAUUAAUACCUAAAAUUUUUUUAACAUUAAUUUUUAUACUUACCAAUUACUCAUGUAUUGUUGCAUUGGAUGAUGGAUAGGAUUCCUCUCUUAGAUUGACAGUCUAAGAAGAAGACAAAUAUAUUGUCAGGAACCUCUAUAUACUUAGCUGCUUCAGCAGAAUUUUGGGAAGCUCCUGUUCUUGUCCAAAAACAUCUCAGCAUUUCUGGGGGGGGGAAAGGGUGCCAGAACUUUGGAUGGUAGCAAAGGAGUCAAUAUUUUGAAUAGGACUCGUUUCGUAUUAGACAGGAACUCUCACUCCCCAGAGCCUAGUUCUGAAGAUAGAUAAAGAUUAGAGAGCAGUCCAAGUACCCAAUCAUUGGGAUUAAGCCUGAUCAUUAUUCUUACGUCAUUUAAUCAAAUUACCUAAAAUUAAAAAAAAUGUAGAAAUCUGUUUUGAUUGAUUGAAGGUGAGACGUAACUAAAUAUCUCACUGUAAAAUGGAAUUGACAGAUUCAUGUAUAUGUUCUAAUGUGAAAUGUGUGUGUGUAUGUAUGUGUGUGUGUGUGUGUGAGAGACAGACUAUACUGAUACUGUGUAUUUGAGUGCACAAUUUGUUCUUACUAGGUAAGGAUGAAAUAUUCCCUCCUUGAAAUAUCAUGUAUGUUCCAGUAAUGUUCUUAGUUAAAAUAGUUUUCAGGAUUCAUGUUGAACUCAUUAAAUGUAAUAAAAGUUUUCACAUUAAAAUAAUUUUGGAUAAAACAA